UGUCCGGAAACGCGCGCGAAGUGCGAAGAGGCGCCUGCGAGGGCCGCGCGCGGGGGACCGAGCAGGCUCUAGAUUUUUCGGGCGCUCGUCGUGAUUUAUUCUCGGCAGCGUCCGCACGCCCGACUCUGCUGCCCCCAGGUACGAGGAAGAAAGAAAAACUUUGAUUGACAAAGAAUCUCAAGCCACUGGUUGAAUUUCCAUCAAAAGAGUUAAACAAAGAAUGGAGAAGAAAGCUGACUUCAGGUCUUUUAGGGAUGGUAUGGGGAGAAAACCUUAUUCUCCAAAGGUAUUGCCUUCUAAGAAGUCAUCUGUCGUCUCUGGGACCCGGAGGCAGUUACCUAGACCGGGUCAUCUAGCACUACAUGCUACCUCGAUCACUUGGACCCAACAGAGCCGAUUACGAGAAUUGCGCAUCAGAUGUGUGGCUAGAAAGUUCUUGUAUUUGUGGAUUCGAAUGACUUUUGGAAGAGUAUUUCCCUCUAAAGCCAGGUUUUACCAUGAGCAUAGAAUGUUACAGAAGGUCUUUGGAGAAUGGAAAGAAGAAUGGUGGAUUUCUCAACGAGAAUGGAAACUCUGUGUUCGAGCAGACUGUCACUACAGAUACUACUUGUACAAUCUGAUGUUCCAGAACUGGAAGAUUUAUGUGUACCAACGACAGGAGAUGAGGAGCAAAUACCUUAAAGCUGAGAAUCAUGAUGUAAAGCAAAAGGUGCAAAAGGCCUGGAAGUCAUGGUUGAUCUACGUGGUUGUUCGUAGAACCAAACUUCAGAUGCAUACUACUGCUCUGGAGUUUAGGCAGCGGAGCAUCUUAUGGGUAUGGUGGAGCAAGUGGAGGCAACGACUAAGACAGGCCUAUGUGAACCAUGCUCUUCAUGCUACAGCUGUGAAGCACAGGGCCCUGAGCCUCCAGCUGCAGGCUUGGUCACGGUGGCAAGAGGAGCUUCAGCACAGUCAACGGGAGAAGUGGAAAGUGGUUUCUGCAGUACGACACCAUGAUCACCAGCAAAAGCAGAGAGCCUUGAAGACGUGGCUUGAAUACCUGCAUGUCCGUAGGAUGAAGAGGCAACAGAACGAGGUGGCUGAGCGGUUCCACCAUGUCACUGUGCUGCAGAUACACUUCUGUGACUGGCAGUGGGCCUGGCACUGGAGGCAGAGCUUGUCUGCUCACCAGGCCCUGGUGGAGAAGCUGGCCAGGAAGAUGGCACUCCGGAGGGUCUUCAUACACUGGAAACACUACAUGCUGCUGCGUGCCGAAGAAGCUGCCCAGUGGGAGGUGGCAGACAAGCACCACCAACACAGGCUGCUGUAUUUUUGCUUUAGAGCUCUAAGAGACAAUGUGACCCGAAUCCAUCUCCAACGGAUAAGGAGAAAUCUUGCUCAUCAACAGCACGAUGUCACGCUGCAGCGCAGGUUCUGGAACCUCUGGCAGUCUCGGAUUGAGGAGAGGAAGGAGCGAGAGCAGCUCCCUUUAUUGCAUGCAGCCCAGGGCCACUACUGGGUGACAUUGUUGCGCAAGUGUAUCCGAUUUUGGCUCUGGUAUGUUGAGAAGAAAAGAUACAAGCAGCUCCUGAAGGCCAGAGCAGACCAUCAUUUCCAGCAGAGAGCCAUGCCUAUUGCCUUCCACACCUGGAGCAGACUCUGGCGACGGCACCAGCAGGAUUAUGUCCUCAAUGCAAGAGCUGUCCAUUUCCACAGAGAGACAUUAGAGAAGCAAGUGUUUGCUCUCUGGUGGCAGAAGAUGUCUAAGCAUCAAGAAAACCGCUUGGCAGAGAGAAUGGCCAUCCUCCAGGCAGAGCGGCAGCUUCUGCGCAGGUCCUGGUCCACGUGGCACCGGAAGGCAGCAGCACACCACCAGGAGCAGGAGAGGCAGGCAGUGGCCCGUGCCCACUACCAGCAGGGGCAGCUCAGGAAGGCUUUCUGGGUCUGGAGGGAGAAUGCUCGCGGGCUCAGGACAGAGAGGAUGGGCAGGGUACGUGCUGCACAGUUCCACUCAGCUCGACUCCUGCAUUGGGCCUGGAGCAAGUGGAGGAAGGUGUACCAGGGUAGGGUACAGCGCGUACUGCAAGAGGUGGCGGCCAGGGAGAGCCAGCACAACAGGCAGCUGCUGCGGUGGGUGUUACAUCGCUGGAGAGAGAAUGCCGUGGCCCAUGUGGAUGAGGCCAAGAAAACCUUGAGAGCAUAUGUCCACUACCGAAGGACACUGUGUUCCAAGGUCCUGGCCCGGUGGCAGGAAGUGGCGUCUAUGAAGAUCCAUUACCGGCAGCAGGAGGCAGUGGCCCUCAGGGAGGCCCAGAAGGUGCUGGAGAGGGGUUGUCUGCGGACUUGGUUUGGGCGCUGGCAGGUGCGCAGGCAGCAGAUGGUCCAGCUGGGGCGGGCGGCCCUGCACCACAGGCGGCAGCUGCUGCGGGCAGGCAUGAUGCAGUGGAAGGUGCACCACUGGCAGUGUGCCAGGAAGAGGCACCUACAAUGGCAGGGCUCCUGCUUCCUGGCCCAGAGACUCAGCCGGGCCUGCUUCUGCCGCUGGAGACAGCAGCUGGUGGUCAGGAGGCAGGAGCAGCAGAGCACAGCGCGGGCCCUGUGGUUCUGGGCCGUGUCACUGCAGGCAAAGGCGUGGGCUGCGUGGCUGGGCUUUGUGCUGGAGAGGAGGAGGAAGAAGGCCCGACUGGAGCGGGCCAUGCAGGCCUAUCACCAGCAGCUCCUGCAGGAAGGUGCUACAAGACUCCUGCGCUUUGCAGCCAGCAUGAAGGCCCUCCGGCAGCAGCUCCAGGCCCGGCAGCAGAUGGAGGCAGCCCACAGUCUUGACCGUGCAGUCCGCCGCUGUGCCGAGCUUUGGAAACAGAAGGUGCUUGGCCAGGACAGGGAAUCCCGGCCCCCGGCCCCCAGCCCCUCCAGGAGAGUUACCUUCCAAGGCCCCCUUGCCGAGCACAUCGCCAUUGGAGCCGGGGAUGCCACGCUGGAGGCCACGAGGCGGCGGUGCGCCCCUCAGCCUCAUGGAGCCACGGGUGUCCAGGCACUCCCUGAUCUGAAUGCUGCCCGCUCCACGAGGAAGCAGCCACGACGCCCACACUUCUUGCUGGAGCCUGUGCAGGGAAAGUGGCCCCUGGGGUGUGGCACCCUUGGGGGGCCAGGGCCCGAGAAGCCUCAGGAGCAGCUCCCAGGCGCGGCUCUGCCAGCAGGCCUUUCCCUGACAAGGCCCAUCCUAUCUGGGGCUGUGAGUGCCUCCGAGAAGCUGCUUCCACCUCCGUCCUCCUUCCUGUCCCAUGGAGUGGGCACACCGGCCAGGGCAACAGCACAGCCCGUGACCCCUGGGACUAAGCCCAAGACACCCCCAUUCCUGGCUCAUGGCUCUGACUCCCAUUUGCUCCUCCCUGGAGACUUCGCGGUCCCGGAGCCUGGACAUGGCCCAGAGGCUGCAGGCUGUGAAGAACUCGAGGCCGAGCUGGAGGAGAUCCAGCAGCAGUUGCAGCAUUACCAGACCACCAAGCAGAACCUCUGGUCCUGUCAGCGCCAGGCUGGCAGCCUGCGUCGCUGGUUGGAACUGUGCCAGGAGGAGCCAGGGCCAGAGGACCUCGAUGCAGAGCAGCAGGUGCAGAGAGAACUGGAGGAGGUGGAACUGCAGAUCCAGCAGCUAACUGAGGAGCUCCAGGUCCAGCGCCAGCCCAUUGGGGCCUGUAUUGCCCGCAUCCGGGCCCUUCGAAGGGCCCUGUGCUAGCACUGUGCAGCAGGGACCUCAGGACAAAUCCAAUAACAAUGCAACGUUAACAUGA